UUGGCCUGUGCUUACAUGCACGCGGACCUCGAGAGCGAUCGUACAUUGACUCGAUCCCAACGCGAGCGACGACGCCAAGGAAAAGCGAGCUCGAGCCAGUGCAGUGCCCCGCAACCUGCACGCACAAGGGAAAAAAGAUCGGAACACAGAGAAAGAGAGAGAGAGAGAGAGAAACGGAGAAGGGGGUACAAAGUACAGGAGAGGAGCUUAACGACUUAUGCGCACUCGUAUGUACUUAUUUAUCUUCGGGGACUUGGCAGCCACACAGAACGGCCAGGGCCUUCGAGCGAGACGGACCUCUACGUGCCACGGCCGUCGUCGACGUCCUGGGACGCAAUCACUGGCCGAGGCCUAUUGGCUCUGCGACAAUUAACCGAGUACCCUUCUCGCCUAGCGGCGAAUACGGCCCCUUUCGAGAAAUGGAGAACUUACGCUCGUUCGAAGUGAUCCUCUCUCUCUUCCUGGCGCUGACUUUGCUCGCAAGCCGUACGAGCGCUACGCCGAUCCUCUUCCCGACCGAGUCGAAUUUGGCGCGCGACCCACCGCUCCCGAUCUCGCCGAUCGCCAACGAGACUCCAGCGGCUGCUGCGGCUCCGGCAGCUACGAUCACGGCUGCACCAUUGAUCGAACAGGACAAGAGCAACGAUCGCGACAUCGAUCGAUACGAUCAGCGUCAAAACGGCACCGAGAAUUAUAGGGUUAAUGUCGAUGGUCUGGUUUUUAUUUUGGCACCGGCCGAGACACUCUUGAUGGGUGCUGCGCUAGGACCCGACUUUAGCUCCAUGUUCACGGAGAAGCCAUCCAAGCCCGACUCGAACGACGCACUGACUAUCAAGCCUAAGGAUCACGAGAAGGUCGAGGUAGUGCCCAAAUACGACAUAUCGCCGGAUUCGUCGGUACCCGCUGCUCACCACACCAGCAGCAGGUCAAAGCUGCGUAUCUCUCAUCUAAUUGCACCCUUCCUCAGUCGUUUCCGACAUGCUCAGCAACAACAGCAGCAGCAGCAGCUACACCAACAUCAUUUUUGAAAAAAAAUAAUUCUAAAUCUCGUAGUACAAAUGUAGAAUUAUAUAUUACUGAUUCAUCCGCAUAAUCAAAAUGUCAUUAUCGUCCCAUUUUAGAGUUUAAGGUUUUUUGUAUCAAGUGAUAUUAGAGUCUAUAUAUAUCUGCAUAUGGCAUGUAUGCAUGAAAA